ACUUUUGACACAUGAAAUAUUUUGUUUGAAGAAACGAGACCGAUUUCACUUUGAAAAAGUUCAAAAUUACACGAAAAUUCUUAUCCACGAUAUCGUAGUGAAUAUAGUUUACAACUUAGUGGGACGAAGUAGUUUUUCCUAAAUCUUUAAUACGUUAUUUUUUUUACUUCAAUGUAAAUCUUACAACACAUAACGUUUUUAUGAUUUUGCUGUAAAAUUUGCUUUGCAAGUGUAAUAGCAUACGUUGCAUAAUAUCUAUUAGAAAAUAGACUAUUGUGUCUUUAGUAACUUGUAAAAUGAACAGCUAUUUGUCGCCUCGCUGGAUGGUAGGAGCCGCUGUUGUUGGUCUAGUUGGGGCAGCAGGCAUGUUUCUAUAUGAACAGGUCUACGCAGAGAAAAAGAGAGCUAUGUUAGUCAGUGAAGUUGCAAGGUUGGAUAAGCAAGUGUCAAGCAUGCGGGCGGAAUUGGAAGCACUCAGGGAAUUGCAGAAAGAGACAAGGAACAAAAAUUUAGAAGCAAUGCCAGCUAGACAAGCGCGUCGCGCGAAGCUGAAAGCGCGCGUGCGACGCGAGGUGACGCCGGCCGGUGACGUCACAGACUCCGAGUAUUUCACCGAUUGUCACUCUGUGGCAGGUACAGACAUCGAGUUCGACAGCGAGGAGUUCUACGACGUGCCUUCGGACGAAGAGGACACGUUGAAAGAGUCACUCAAGAACGGUCACCUAACGUCGUCCGAAAGUCUGGAGCAGGAUCCAGUACCAACUGCGCCUGUGAAACCACCGAGAAAUGAAAGUACAUAGCUGAUGCGGGGGUUAAUGAUUUCAGUCAUCCGUAGCUAUAGUGGGAAGGUCUAGACUAUUAGGUAUUUGUGCCGAAUGGAAUAUGGAAAACAAUGGCUUUAACGUGAACUUGUAUAUUAUUUUAUAACUUGAUUGUUCAACUAAUUGGCCAAGUUGCUAAGUUGGUGCUAAGUGGGGGCUAACUUAUGAUAAAGAUCAAACUUCAUUGUUGACGCGUCUUUAACAACUUGUAACAAUGUAGAUAUUGAAAUGGAUUUGUUUUGAUAGGGUUUUUGUUUGGCCAUAUUAUUACAUAUGUUAAAAAGUAGUAAACUACCGCCAUAUUGAAUAGUUUCUACAGAGAAGACUCGCAGUGUUUGCACGCAUACGCACGCAAAUUAAUAUUAGCUUUUUCAUAAAUAAAAUAGUAGACGCCCGUGACUUUAUCUUCAAUUGCGAUAAAUUUUAUUAAUAUGAAUUCAACCACGGAUAAACAAAAAGGUGGACAGGCAGGAAAUAAAAUAAAAAAGUUUGAUAAGUAUUGGUCCCCAUUAAAACCUUUUUUUUUCAAUAUAUCUAUUUAAAGCUUUUCUUUGUUUGUGAUGUUACCUGAUAUAAAUUAAAAAAAAAAAAAUGUGCCAUUUGGAAGAUACUUAUUUUUAGGACAUGUGCUUUAAAAUUUUUAGAUUCUAUUCGCAGUAUGCA